AUGGCGGCGCGGGUCAUCGACGGCAAGGCCAUCGCCAAGGCGCUGCGCGCGGCGCUCAAGGGCGACGUCGCAGCGCUCACAGCCAAGCAUGGACGAGCGCCAGCUCUGGGGCUCAUCAUGGUGGGCGACCGCAAGGACUCGGCGCUGUACGUGCGCAACAAGACCUCAGCCUGCCGCCGUACGGGCAUCCGCUCCGAGAACUUCCUCUUCGACGAAGGCGUCUCCCAGGACACGAUCGUGCAGAAGGUGGAGGAGCUGAACGAGGACCCGACCAUUGACGGCAUUCUGCUGCAGCUGCCGCUGCCAGGCACGCAGCUCAACGCGCAGCAGAUCAUCGACCGCAUCCACCACGACAAGGACGUGGACGGACUGCAUCCGUUCAACGCGGGCGAGCUGGCCAUGCGAGGACGAUACCCGUAUCUCAUCCCGUGCACAGCCAAAGGGAUCUUGGCGCUGUUGGACGAACAGCACACCCCGCUGCGCGGGAAGACGGCGGUGAUUAUCGGGCGCAGCAACUUGGUGGGGAACCCCGUGAGCAUGCUGCUCCAGAAGCGAGACGCGACGACGAUCCUGUGCCACUCCAAGACGGUGGAUCUGCCGCGCUAUGUGCGUCAGGCUGACGUGGUCGUGGCGGCCUGUGGCCAACCGUACCUUGUGCGUGGAGAAUGGCUGAAACCUGGCGCCACGGUGAUUGAUGUCGGCAUCAACUUCGUGCGUGACGUGGAUAACGAGUUCCAUGGCGAGGCCAACGCGGACGGCUUCAAGCUCGUUGGCGACGUUAAUUUCCUGGAGGCGCGUGAAGUGACUGGAGCUGUUACGCCUGUCCCGGGAGGUGUGGGCCCCAUGACCAUCGCCAUGCUGCUGCACAACGUCGUCGAGGCAUUUAAACGCCGGAUGGACAAUGGAAAAAAGGGCGUGCUGUGA